UAUAAAAGCAUCGCACUUUUCGAGCACUUCAUCUCAAAAUGUUGACUUUGAUGGUUUUCUCUCUAAUUGGAUUGGCCCACUCUUCGGCCAUCCCACCUAACAAUCUCCGACUCGAUUACCAGGUUUUCAGUGACCAGGAAGAUGCCAAACUCAGUGUGCCCGAAAUUAUAACCAAAUAUGGCUAUCCUUGCGAGGAGUACCAUGUGGUUACUCCUGAUAAUUACAUCCUGACGCUUCAUCGAAUCCCCCACGGACGCACCCCCAAAAACGGCCCCAAAGAAGUAGCGUAUCUCCAACACGGGAUUCUCUCCUCUUCAGCCGAUUGGAUUAUUUCAGGCCCUGAAAAGGGCCUAGCCUAUGUCCUAGCCGAUGAGGGUUACGACGUUUGGAUGGGCAAUGCUCGAGGGAACAAACUUUCAAGAAAUCACACUUAUCUGAACCCGGACACGUCCGACGAAUUCUGGGAUUUUAGUUGGCACGAAAUCGGCUAUUACGACCUACCUACAAUGAUCGACUUCGUCCUGGAACAAACGGGAAAAGCCGACCUUUUCCACAUUGGACAUUCGCAAGGGACUACCACUUUCUACGUCAUGACCUCAAUGAGACCCGACUACAACGCCAAAAUCAAGGCACAUUUCAGCCUCGCACCCAUUGCCUACAUGAACCAUAUGACCAGCCCCCUAAUGCACAUUAUCGCCUUCUGGCAGAAGCCCUUAACUGUCCUUUUGAAUCUAAUUGGGGUUCGGGAGUUUCUACCAAGUACCGAGUUUAUGGCAAUGGGGGGCAACAUCUUGUGCGGAGACGACUCCCUAACCCAGAUUCUUUGCAAAAACGCACUUUUUGCAAUUUGUGGCUUCAGUCCCAAAGAAAUGAACGGUACCCUCCUGCCCAUCAUGAGUGGGCACACACCUGCCGGGUCCUCAACCAAGCAAUUUAUGCAUUACGCCCAAGAAAUCAAUUCGGGGUAUUUCCGACGUUUCAGUUAUGGUGUGUUCCAAAAUUUGCAAAAGUACGGCUCUAUCUGGCCCCCAAGCUACGAUCUUAGGAAAAUCACAGCUCCGGUGUACUUGCUUUAUAGUAAAAAUGACUGGUUGGCGGGUAAAAUCGAUGUUGAUAGAUUAUACAAAGGGUUGGCCAACGUCAAAGGGCGGUUUAUGGUGGCGGAAGAAUCGUUCAACCACCUGGACUUUGUGUUCGGGAUAAGGUCACGAGAGCUGGUUUAUAAUAAAGUCAUAAGUUUGAUGGCCAAAUUGUAGAAGCGUUUACAUUAAAUGCUUAGCAACAAUAAAAGUGGUGCGUCAACAGUCUCUUUAUCACAGUAUUAAUAAAUUGUUAAUUAUAAAA